ACUUUCGAUUAUUAUUCUAUUUUUUCACGAAUUUUGCAGUCUCAUACUUUCAUAAUUCAUAUUUCAUAGGUACCAAAUAUUUUCUAAACUAACACCGAUAAAAAAGAAAGAAAACAGAAAAUCGACGUUCGUGGGUUUUACUGUGAGAGAUUCUACCAAAUAGUUUAAAUUUUCUUUAUGCUGAAAAAUCAAUAACUUAACAAGUAUACAGCACAGCUGAGUGCUAAAAGAGUGUGUGAAUCUAUCUGUCCCUACUGUGUUAUUCACAUCUAUUUAUUCAUUUGUUCAUUGUUUGAUUAGGAAACUUCACAAUGUUGAGAAAAUAUUUUAAUGGUUCACUGUCGAAUGACGUGCACGAAUCAGUCAGAGAUGUCUGGGUGAGAGCAUUGGUGGAUCGCUACAGUGCACCUGACCGACGGUGUCAUGGUCUGGAUGAUCUGAACGACUGUUUGCAACAAUUUGAAACGGCCAGAAGCUUAGUAAAAAAUCCAAAUGCAGUAAUUUUAGCUAUAAUAUUUCGAUAUUUUGAAUAUGACCCUAAGUUAGCCGACUGCAGUGAAGACAAUAUCAAUCAUUUUCGAAGGUUCUCUGAAGAAUCAAAACUUAAUAUGGAUACAGUUUUGUGUGACAAUGUUAUUUCAUUAUUAAAAGUUGGUGCAACUAAUAGUACAGAAGAACAUAAAACUGAAGGAUGCUAUGGAUGUGAGGAUAAACAUUACUUUUUGGAUGUAGACAUGGCCAUUCUAGGUAUGGGACCGGCUGAUUAUGAAAAAUACACAAAUCACGUUCGAGAAGAAUAUGCUUUUCUUGAUGAAGAAACUUAUAAAGAAUUACGUAUAAAGGUUCUUGAAAGUUUUCUACAAAUUCCUAACAUAUAUGCAACAAAGUUCUACAGAGAUAAAUAUGAAUCAGUGGCUAGGAAUAAUAUCCAAAGAGAAAUUAAUUCCUUAAAAUCUGUAUCCAUGUAAAUAUUUGAUGUGUCUAACACAGGUUUCUAUAAAGUAAUUAUAGACAUAUAAAACAAUAUUUUUUAUUUGUCUAUGAGCUUACUAGAUUAGCAACUCUAAAUAAAACAAAUACAAAAUAAUUGAAACUCCUCCACCAUGUUUGAAGUUGGAAAAAUUGCAAACUAUUUAUGUAAUAUAUCGAAACACCGAUGGAAUACAUAAUGUCAUGUCCAUGUCCAAUUCCCAACCAAUGAAAUGGCGCAACAAAAUUAAUUUGAUGAUACGAGCUGCUUAUCUAGUUUAGUAUAGAAGUCUGUGGUCUUUAAUAGAUUGCUUUUAUUUUCAAAUAUAAUAUAUUUUCCUUUUAAAAUUGAAUGUGCCAGUCAGGGUGUAUGUUUAAAUUUAUUGUUUUCCCUGAAUAACAUAAUAUAAAUUAUAGAAUAUUAAUUUCAAGUAGGUAAUAUAAUAUACAAUAUUAAUAUUAUAAAAUAAUAAUUAGUGGUAUAGAUGUUAUUCUAUAUUAAAUAUUUUAUCAUUGUUAGUAUUAAAAGUGUAUUUUAAAUUUCAAGUAUUUAGUAUGUUUUGGUUACUAGUAAACAUUUAAAAUAAACUUUAAGUCAUGAUUUUUCUUUGGGUGCUUAUCUAACUUGUUACAUUUUUAGUAUUUUAUAACUAAUGAAAUUCUGUCUCAAAAUUGUAUUUACCUAAAAUGCUAUUUAGUAUUUUCUAUUUAGUUUUUGAAUUCUAUGUACUAAAUAGUUAAUACUUAUUAUUGUUACCAGUCUUAUUAUAUUGUAUAGUUAGCGGGUUAUCUACUAAGAUAUCUAGUAUAUAACCGUGGUAGGUAUAGUGUGUAAAAAAUUUAAAUUAUAGUUAAAACUGAGUACUCACUGGUGUGUCUAACUAUUUUUAAUUUUUAUGUUUAUCUAACUUAUUAUAUUAUUUUGCUAUUUGAUAAAAGCAUUCAUCCUAAAUAUAUUGUGUAUUUCAAGAUUAUUUUUAAUCCUAUACGUUAAUUUAUUAUAAUUAUUAAUCAUUUUAAAGUUGAUAUAUAAAUGUUACAAAUUAUUUUUAAUGUUUUUUUUUUGUUUCUUUAAAUUGUUUAAUCUAUGAGACUUAUCUUUGGUUAAAAUAAUUUUAAUAAAAAUAUUGUCUGAUA